CACAGAAACCCAGCUGGUCUCAGAUGUUCAGAGGAGAGACGAUCACUCUGACAUGUGAGGUUCAGGGAGGAGAAGGAGUUCAGUGGGAGUAUCAAUGGAGAACUCCUCAGUCACAGACAUCCUGGAGAAACAAUAAAGACUGGACUAUCACAGCUUCCAUCAGUGGAGAAUACAGCUGUAAGAGCAGAUCCACAUAUUAUUCAUAUUCUUCAACAAACUGGAGUGAAGCUCUAAGAUUAUCUGUUUCAGCUCACAAACCAAAGUCUGAACUAAACAUGACAAAGUCUCCAGUAGAGGGCAGAGUGAACAUGAGUUGCUUAGUGAAGAAUUCAUCAUCUGGUUGGAGAUUUUUCUGGUUCAGAGGAGAGAAAUCCUCCAAACUGCUGACCACACAAGAUGCUGACUUCCUUUCAAAUGGACAAAUCAGUGUCUCACAGGAAGGAGUUUACAGAUGCAGAGGAGGAAGAGGAGAACCAGUUUAUCACUCAGAGUUCAGUGAUCCAGUCAUUGUUGAUGCAACAUCCAGACCCGUCAGCUCCUCAUUUCCUGUGUUGGUUUUUGUUCUAACGUCUGUAAUUUUGGUAAUUCUCAUAUUCCUUAUUUGGUUUUUCUGCAGAAGAUCAAGAGAUUCAAAAAUGAUCAGGUUGGUACUUUUUAUUUUUAGGAAAAGUAUAACAGAUGUUUUUCUUGGAGUUUAUAAUUUCAAUAAUGAUAAUCAUUCUACUUAUAUUUAUUUUAGUAGAUCUCAGGACAACAACCAGAUCACUGCUGCAGACCACACUGAAGGUCAGCACAGAAAUGACGACGUUCUUCUUCAUGGUCCUGAAGGAAUUCAGAAUGAUCCAGAAGAUGAAAACACAAGUGAAUCCAGGAUGGUUACAUAUUCUUCAAUCAAGUUUAAAACCUUCAAUAAGAAAAAAAAGAGACAGAAACCAGCAGAGAACUCAGUUUACUCUGAUGUGAAGACAGGAGCGUCUGCAGAUGUCAGUCAGCUGUAUGCAGAGGUGAAGAAGAAAAACAAAGGAAAAUCAUCUCAGUCAGUGGAUGAGAUGAUUUACUCUGAAGUUCAAUAAGGACCAGCACUUGAUCAGAACAAACGUCUCUUUUGUAGGUGGCGCUGCUAAAGGCACUGCCAAAUGUUUUCUCUUUUUUUUUUGUAUUUUUGUUUAUUUUUUAUUUCAGAUGGAACCUUAACAACCUGCUAGCAGCUGCAUGAGAUAAUCUGAGUUCACAGCUGAAGACUGGAUCAAGUGUUUCCAGUCAUUUCUUUGUGGUUCUAAAGAGUUCUGAAGAUGGCUUCCAUCAUAACCAUCAAGAAGAACUGAACUCUGCAGAAAGUUGUUUUAUGAUCAGGCUUUGAUAUAAUUCUUCUUGAUGAUGUUUUGUAAUUUUUUAAACCUUUUAAAAUGUUGUAUCUUUAGUUUUUAAAUUCUAAUAAUGCAUAAUGUUUUUUACUAUAUUAACCAAAUAGAUUCAGCUUUAACUGAAAUGAUGAAAAAAUGGUAAUUAGUGUAUACUUAUAAAGUGCUUUACUACCUUUACAGUUCUAGUUUCAUUCACACUCUGUUGCCAAACUUUAACCACCUGGAGCAACAUGGGGUUCAGUGUCUUGCCCAAGGACACUUGGACACAUGGGCAUGUAAGAUGGGAAUUGAACCUGCAAUCUCCUGAUCAGUAGUUGACCGCUUUACCUGUGGACCACGCGCAUUAAUGUACAUUAGCAGCAGACAGUAAAAAUACAAAGAAAUUGACAUUUUUUGCAGCUGAUGCUCUGAGCUUUAGGAUAUUUUUUUAGGUAAAAUUUUGGCUUUGUCGAAUAAUAAAUACAUUUUGA